AUGCCCACCCAAUUGGCCCUUUUGUUUUUCAACAUUUUGCAUCCGCCACUCAAUGUCCCAGCUCUUGGGGUUUCUUUGGGAAAGGAUGACGUAGAUUUGAACCUCGAAUUGACGGGGCAUGGUGUGAGCAACCUCAUUGCUGGAUUCGCUGGCGUACCAAGCAAUUAUCUUGCGUAUGUGAAUACGUUAUUGUUCUAUCGCGUGGGCGGUACGACGCGUUACUCUGGAAUUCUUCUUACAAUUGCUACUGCUGGAUUGCUGUUCAUCGGAACUGGGCCUAUCGCUUAUAUCCCGGUGAUCGAAGUCGGAGCAUUGAUUUUCGUUUUGGGUAUCGACCUCGCUGUUGAAGCGGCUUGGGAGACACGGAAAAAGGCUAGCACUUCCGAGUAUAUUACCAUCCUCGGGAUCAUGGCCGUUAUGACUGUGUAUGACUUUGUGUCCGGAGUUGUAUUUGGGAUCAUUGUGGCGUGCAUAUCCUUUGUUGUUCAAAAUUCACGAGGAGAGUCCAUUAGGACCGCCUUCUCGGGUUCAACGGCUCUGUCGACCGUUAGAAGGCCAAGUGCGCAUCGGAGAUAUCUUCAGGAAGUUGGGACCCAGACUUGCAUCAUGCGUCUUCAAGGGUUCCUUUUCUUUGGUGGGUAUAGUCACAUGGAGCCUAUCUCUUAUUCUGUUUUCUCAAAGAUCAUCCCACUUGAUCGUACAGGGACGAUAUCUAAUGUGGAAGAAAGAUGCCGGGCGUAUCUCGAAGCCGCGACUGGGCUGGAUCUUUCCGCCGCUGAGGCAUUUGUUCGCUUGCAUCGACUUCUCGAAGCUCGUCGCGUUCAGCUCGUCUUUUGUGGUCAGUCGACUACGUCCAAUGUAGCUAAGGCACUUCGAGCUGUGAACCUCUGGCAAGGAAAAACCGAAGUGUUUGCAACUCUGAACGAAGCACUUGAGUGGACUGAGAAUGCCUAUAUCAAGCUAUGGUUCAAUUCACUGGCCCACAAACAGGAAGAUGCAAUAAACGUCCCUAUCAACGUUCGUAACAGACAUCUCGAUGUACCAUCCCUCCUUAGCGAGUCUUUCACAAACUCACCGCGUCGCAUACACGUCCGAGCUGCGGGAUUAAGAAUCAUGGAAACGCCUGCUGGUACACAAGAAGUUCCGAACCAUAAUGAGCAACCCUUCAGCACCAUCAUGAAAACAUUCCCAACACAUACCGACUUGGAUGACGGUUUUAUCUCCCGCAUCACACCAUAUUUCAAACCUUUGAUCUUCGAACCUGGCGAGGUUGUCUUCCGCCAAGGUGAUAUCGCAGAUGGACUAUAUCUCAUAGAAUCCGGCAUCCUUCGAGCUACGUACAUCUUUGGCGAACACGCUGAUGUUGUCGAGGAGAGUUGCGUGGCUGGUACCUUGGCGGGAGAGUUAACUGCACUUGCUGGGGAACCGAGAAAUGCCACGAUGGUCGCAGAGCGGCCAUCUGUACUGUGGAAGAUGGAAAACACAGCUCUUACUCGCCUGGAGAAAGAACAUCCGGAGGACGCAAAACGGUUCACCAAGCUUGUUCUCAAAGGUGACGACUAUCCUUCCUCCGUCAUUUGUUUACCUCUGACGCGCUCGUCCUUUCAGCCUCAAAAAUCGAUCAGGACGUUUUACUUGCCAGUCUUGCUCAGUUGA